AUGGUUUCCACUCAACCUUUAGCAAUAAUAGUUGCUAAUGGAGAGAAAGUCUUCAGUUCAGCUAAAUCGAAUCAAGUAUCUUGGACAAUGAAAAGAUUCCAUUUUAAUCACAACUUUCGAAUCCUUCAACUUGGUGGGAGUGAUAUGGUGCUUGGUGUCGAUUGGAUGAAGCAAUUUAGUUCAGUUCUUAUGGUCUGUAAAGACAUGACUUUGAGCUUUCAAAAAGAUGGCAAACUGAUGAUUAUACAAGGUCAGACUACGAUGGGUAAUUGGAAAUCGAUAACAGGAAACAGAAUGCAAAAAAUGACAGCAAAGGAUUCUUCUUUAAUGGACGAAUUAUAUGUACUCGAUGUGGACCGUGUUGCCUCAACAGUUCCCAAUGCAAGUUCGAGAGGAGUGAGAGUUGUAUUGUCACAGGAAGGUCGACCAAUUGCUUACCUAAACAAAGCUCUUGGUCCGAAACAUAUGGAUCUUUCAAUUUAUGAGAAAGAAUACAUUGCUAUUUUAAUGGUGGUUUCGAAAUGGAGGGACUACUUGGAAGGAAAUCAAUUUGUCAUAAAACCAUAUCACGAGCCACUAAAAUAUUUGUUGGAGCAAAACUUGAUGACUACGAUCCAAAAAAUGGGUUUGACUAAAUUACUUGGGCUAGAUUAUAUUAUUCAAUACAGAAAAGGGAAGAAUAACACAGUGGCCGAUGCGUUUUCAAGACAAUUUGAGGAUUUUGUUGAGCACAAUUAUAUAAGGGCAGUUUCUAUUGUUCCUAGUUGGGUCAACGAAAUUAAAGGUACUUAUGAAGAUGAUUUAUUAGCAAAGGAAUGGAUAUGUGUCUUAUCCGUGCAUCCACAUAGUCACAAUAACUGGAAGUAUUCAGGGGGAAUUCUACGUUACCAAAGUCGAGUGUAUGUUGGCUCCAAAGGUGACCUACGCUUACAAAUUCUAAGCAACUUACAUGACUCUCCCCAAGGAGGUCAUUCAGGGGUUCAAGCGACGUAUCAAAGAAUUAAAGCUCACUUCUACUGGUCUGGCCUUAAAAAAAUGGUUGUUGUCUACGUUCGAAAAUGUGAUACUUGCCAACGUAUAAAGGUCGAGCACAUUCCUAAAAUCGGUCUACUGCAGCCCCUACCAGUUCCUAAUCAGGCUUGGGAGAUCAUCACAAUGGACUUUACAGAUGGGUUACCGAAGUCCAAUCAGAAAACUUGCAUCUUGGUCAUGAAUAUGGCCAUCUCAAACCGGGAUAAGACAUUCACCAGUUUAUUUUGGCAUGACUUGAUGAAGCAGUUGGGUACCUCUACGUUCUACAGUACGACCUACCAUCCCAAGACCGACGGACAAACCAAACAGUUUGAUCCUUGGGGACAAGGAUCGUCUCAUGAAUGGGGUAUUGUUAUGGUUGGGCGAGAAGAAGGAGAAAAUCACGAAGAGAAUGAAUUGGGAAAUUCGGGGAAUGAAUUAGGGAUUGGAAAAGAUGAGAUUUUACCUGCUGAUGAAAUGGAGACAGAUGAGAUAAGUUUUGGGUCGAUACAAGCAGCAGAAUCUAUGCAUUGUGGUUCUAUAUCAUUUGGUAGAUUUGCAAAUGAACCCCUAGCUUGGGAAAGGAAAUCCUCUUUCUCACACAAUAGAUAUCUUGAAGAGGUUGAGAAAUGCUCAAAACCAGGUUCAAUUAUUGAGAAGAAAGCUUAUUUUGAAGCUCACUUCAGGAAGAGGGCACUUCUUCAAAGUUCAUCAUCUGAGGGCCAAAAUGGAGGAGAAUAUCAAAACUGCAAGAGUGAUGUUAUGGAGAAUGAGGAUUAUGGUGAAUAUCAAACUGGGGAAAAUGAUACUGAUUGUGUAAAUAAAGGUAGCCAUUACAAUCAUUUUGAUGAGAAUGGAUUAAGCAGUAUGGAUUAUGGGGAAAAUCUUUAUUGUGGAAAUGAAGGGAGCUUAUUUUAUCAUGAAAACGAAGGGAACCAUUUUGAUCAUUCAAAUGAAAGUAGCCUCUGUGCUCUAUUGUACAUGAGUCCAGACGAUUCAGAAUAUCUUGGUGAGGGUGCAUUGACUGAAUCUGUAAUAGAAUGUCCUGGACUUUUAUCAGCUCAUCAGACUCAUAUUUCGGUCCCUAUCGAUUUUGAACCUGAGGAAACUUCUGAAAGUCAAAGUGGAUGCGCUAAAUCAUUUAUAAGCAGUGAUAAUCCAGAGAAAGAAGUAGAAGAAAACCUUGAUGAUGAUGAUGCAGACAACAUUGACGAAACAUUUGAGUCCUUGGAUCAAUCCCCCAAUACUGAAAUUCAGCAAAAUCAUUCUUCAAAGUUGAAGUCUGCUACUGAAAAUAGAACUAUCAAACCGAGGUUGAAGUCUCCUGUGAAUCGUGAUCAUUCCCAGAAAAACACUUUUUGUGAUCCUUCUAUGGUAGCUGCAAUGGUGCAAGAAAGAAAAGAAAAAGAGAUUACAAAGAGAACAAAACCACAGAAACUACCAUUACAAACUGCCUUUCCAACUCGACGUUCAGUGCACAAAUCUCCAAAGCAAGAGGAUUCUGCAAGAGCAAGAUUCAACGCAAAAUCAAACGCUGAGAAUAAAAGUGGAAAUGGACCGAUGACUAAGAAAGAAAUUGAAGCUCAACCUUUUUCAUACAAGAAGAUUGCACCUGUAGUUCGUCAGACACCGAACAGGAUUAAGCAGACGGCCGUUUCAACUUGGGAAGAUGCAAAGUCAACUGCCCGAGGAUUCCACUUCAAAAGUGGAGAACGAGCAGAAAAGAGAAGAGAGUUCUAUACGAAAGUAGAAAAGAAAAAUGCAAGCCAAAGAGGCAGAGAUGAAUCAGAUUCAAGCAAGAACACAGGUAGGGAAAGCGAAAAGACAGAGGCCGAGAUUAAGCAAUUGCGGAAAAGCCUUACUUUCAAAGCAAAACCGAUGCCUUCUUUCUAUCAUGUUCCCACUACAUCAAGAUUUACCAGAAACAAGGCUGCAACAUCUACCAUGAAAUCAGCUAAAGUAGGAAAGAAGUCACCAAAUUCUGGGAUAAGAGCAAUCCCAAUAUCACCAUCACGCUCUAGGGAAGCAAAUAAACAAGCCCUCUCUUCUGCUGGAUCUAUAGGUGAGUUGAUUUGUCCUCCAGUUGAGCCAUCUCGAGCUGGCAUCGUAUCACCGACUCCACCAACUGUUAGUCACAGCUCCCCUGAACCUGUGACCCAAAAUACGAUCCUUUGGAAGAAAGAACGAAAGAAAGAAAACAGUAAUUUGCAAAAACAUCGAAUGUCAGAAAGCAGUAAGGUCGUUAAAGAUCAUAAGUCUGGUGGCAGGCCAAAAGUGGGAGGUAGGAGAAGUAACAGUGAGCUGGUGACAAAGAACAUGAAAAAUGCUGGAAUGGACUGUAGUUCUGGGAUCGGUCGUUGUGCAGUUAUGGCUCCCUGAAAAUGAUCUGCGACGGUGCCUCAAUCAUCAUCCACCGUUUUCUACCGAAUUCAGCCAAGCUAACAGAGGUAUCCUCAAUUCGAAUCAUCCCCCCAUCUUCAAUGCAUACUGAAUUCAACUGUUCCUGGAAGAUCGACCGUGUUUGUUUUGAUCGACAUUCAUUUUCUCAUGCAGCAGCAGCAGCAGCAGCAGUAGAGAAAUGAC